GGAAAAAGGCAGUAUAUAAAUCGGAAAAAAACUUGCAAAAUCUGUUCUGUUUUCUGGACUUUGAUUCUCCUCUUCUUUAGGAAAUAGACGGUAUUCCUCUGAUAAUGUCCAUGUUUAAAUCCUAGAAUUAAGUUUAUCCACUGUGCAUAAGGUAUAUACUUGUUAAAGGGGUGUAUACCAAGUUUUCAUUCUCCAAUAUCAGCAAUUUGUGGAUAAUGCUGGAGGUUUAGGGGAGGGAGCGCUGAAAGAAAGAUCCUCAGCACCAUUUGUAACAGUGAUGUUGAAGUAUUUUAAAGCAUGAAAUAGCAAACGAUAUAUAAUUAUCAAGGGCCAGCUGACGCAGAUUUAAGGACAGUUGAUUUGCACUCCAACACAGUGGAGGACAGAUUCUGCACUUGUGCCAUCAUUUUGUACUUUACUGUAUUUUAUUUUUUAUUUAAACCACCAACCAAAUCCAGCAACUGUAGCAAUGUAUUGAAGAGCUCACUUAGAACUGAAGAAAAGGUUGCCUUUGAGUAUCUGCUAAGCCCAGGAAAGAUGAGCUUACAGAUCUGCACAAAAAUCCACUUCUGGUUAUCCCAUGCUUUCUUCAUUUUAGAAGCCUUAAAUAGGGGGUAGGGAAUCAUUUUGUUGCUGCUACUGGAAUUCCAAAAUCCUUGCCAACCUGCUGCAAAUCACCCAGAGAUCUACCAGUAGAUUUUAAGCUAACUUUUGCCAACCGCUGAUUUAAGACAUCUUAUUUAGGUUUUUGUUUGCUUGCUUAAAAAAAAAAAAAAAACCUUCCCGAAACCUAUGAAUAGCAAAAUUUUCACACAGCCCAUUCCCUUCCUCACACACACCCCUUAGAGAGAAACCUCAUAUCGAACCAUUGCUACCUAGCUUUCACAAGUUCAUUGUUUUGUUUAAACAGCAAAUGGAAUUGGUCUACCCCUCCUCUGCUAUUCCCAGAAGAGAAGACUCAACCACAAAACACCACACUUAUCUGUCUUCCUCACUUACUAUCUUCUGCCUCUGUUGCCUCUUCUGUUUUAACACAUGCUUGGAUGAACAAUCCACCCCCUUCCUCCUCCCUCUCAGAUGCAUUCCCUUCCCUCCUUAUCUCCAGUUGCAAUGAUUCGCCAUCUUCUGGUAUUAACUUCGUAGGCACUGGAUAUGUUGCCUAGUUUAGUUUUUCAUGCAUCCUGAUUAGACAUGCUGGCUGAAUCCCCCCCCCCCCCCACACACACACACUUUCUUCUUAGCUACCUUUUUUCGUGUUGGUAUCCAGUCUGGCAGAUGAAAGGAAGCAAGUUCUAAAUAUAGGUCCUAAGAAGGGCAGGAAAAAGUGACAGUAAUUCCUUCUUCUCUGAUAAGAAGAUUGAGGUAAUACAUCUCUUGCUGUACUCCAAGUUUUCCAUCUGAAAAGCAAUCCCGGGAAAAUGGCCACUGCCUUGAUUUGCUAAACCUGAAAAUAACAAAUUCACAUCUUUUAUUCCAGGUUGGUAUAUAUUUUUUUCUAUUUUUAUACUGUCUAAUUUUUGUUUGAGUUUCUUUGUAUGACACAAUUGUAUUUUUAAGCCAUUGGCCAAAGGGUCUCUAAGCUGUUACAUUUCUAUGGUUAUUGUGCUUGAUGGCUUUGCCUUUGUGUGAAAUUAAAACAUUGUAUACAGAGAUCAAGAUGAUCAGUGCUACCUUUUAACUAGAAGCACAGAAAUACCUUGCAAGCUCAGUUAGUAAAACAUUUUAGAAAGCACUAGGAUUCUUGGUAAACUUGCUUCUGGAGACCUGGGCUUCUCCCAGAGAUUCACUGCUGUUAGAAUCACAGUAUAGUGAGAAUCUGUUCGUGGAAUGAAAGAAUCCCCAGAAGAGCAUAAUUUUGUUUUUUGAUCCCCCCUUUCCCUUUCCAGUGAUGAGUUCUGACAAUAUCAUCUCUCUGGCAGCACUUUCAUAGCAAACUAGGAACUGAUGUUCUUGUAUUAAAGAAGUAUAUUCUCUUCCUCGUUAAUCCUUUGCUUAAAAUAGAUUGAGCUUGCAUGUGUAGUGCAAAGGCCACUGAGAACACACUUCUGAAUUGCUUAAAAAGAAUUAUGGCACAGUUCAUGUGUUGCUGAGAGUUGCCUUCUGUUGCCAUUAUGCUCAAAAGCUACAUGCAAUUUCCCAUGCUACACAACUUUUGCAAUAAUAACCAAAAGAGACUGUUCUCUGUAGUCGCUCCUUUCACAUAUGCAUGCCGCUGUGAAGCAAACAGUUUUUUAAAAGAGAUAAUUGUGGUAAUGUGACCCAGAUAUUCAGAAACACUCUGACAGUGAGCAUCUCUCUAGUUGUUUUAUAUAACAAACACAGCCAAAAUAAGAUUCUCUAGUGUUAAACAUAUCAUGGAAAGAAAUUGAGAAGGAGUUAUGCAAGCCUAAAUCUCACUUUCUGUCACCUAAACAAUUUAGGAUUUACCUGCCCAUGGUCUAAUUCAAUACCCUUCUAGUACUACCUGUGGAGAAGAAUUUGAGUUGAUGCUGUUCCUUCCUAAGCUGGUAUUGUUGGCCAUUAGGAGAGAGUCAGUUGUGACAGCAGAAGACACAGUUUAAGCUGUCCACCCCUUGACCUUCCCUUGCAGAUGUUCCUGGAGUAGUGUGGAGGCAGCAGCUGGGUUUUUUCUGGGUUUGGUUCCUCUGAAACAACUGAACCAGUGCACACAGAUCAUAGGCAGAAAGGACCUAGCAGUAGAAUCAUCCUUUUCUGAGUUGGGAUUCACCGAGUGCCAGGACAGCACCUCCACACAUAUACCCGUCAGUUAUUGUAUACCUUCCCACGUCCACCAUGUACUAAAUGUCACAAUGGAGAACCAAGGGUGCUGCAGAAAGGGAAAUAUGAAACAGAGGACUCAAUUAUAUUUUCCAAGAGGACAAAAUUAUCUUCGGGAACAAUAAAUAGAUCUGGCACAGAACUAACUACGAUGCUCAGUCACAUCCUCUCUAAAUGUGAUUAAAACUCACCAACACCAUUCCAACUUGUAAUUAGGCACAAUUAGAGAUAUCACGCUAUUUCAUCCUAGACAUAUUUACCCUUGCCUAUGGUAUGCCUUGAUGUACCCCUUAAUGGUGAGAAAACAACUUAAGGAUCAAUUUGCUGAGAUUUCCCUUUUUAAAUCCCAGUGAGUGACAAACCGGGAAAGGUGUUGCAGAUAACCCUUCAUAAGUGCAUCCCAGGCUGUAUUUUGACUCCUGGUAUGAUUUUGCUUAUACAGUACUCCCAGGAGCAGAGUUCCAGAAGUAUGUGCAUCUAAUAAUUAACUACCAAAGGUGGUGUUUUACAUGCAUACAUCUUGAUUUAAAAGCACCAUAAAAAUCUCAUGUUUUACUCUUCAAGACUCCAUAAAUAACUCUUUAUUUUGCUUUGUUUUCUAGUGGGACUUCUGAUUUUCAUGCAGCAGAUGAUCCACUUGGAGAAAAGAGGCGAAUCCCCAAGAAUGAAGGAGAAAGCAGAGAGGGCGGCACGGUUGUGCAGCCAUGAAAAUGGUUUAUUUCACCUUCUAUCUCUGGUCCUCCAAGAGCUGAGCCUGUUCUAUAAGAGAGAUGUCAAUGGAGUUGGUAUGUUAUAUGACCUGCUCAGUUCUCCGUGGCUACAGGCUCUCCUAAAGGUUUAUGAAUGCCUUCAUCAGUAUAUCAAAAGGAGACCAGUUCCGCUCACCCUGCAGGCACGAGCACUAACCCAUGAGGUUGUGGAGUUGUUGCGUGGAGUCCAGCAGUCUCCAGAGGCUAAAGAGCUCAAGCGACUUCUGCGGGGACCACACUUCAAGGCCUUACUUUCAGCUCAUGAUAUUGUGGCCCAAAAAGAUUAUGAACCAAUUCUUCCACCUCUACCAGAUAACAUCCCUGAAAAUGAGGAGGCUAUGAGAAUUGUCUGCCUGGUGAAAAACAAGCAGCCACUUGGUGCCACUAUUAAACGCCAUGAGCUAACAGGAGAUAUUACAGUAGCAAGAGUUAUCCAUGGUGGAUUAGCAGACAGAAGUGGGCUUUUGUAUGCUGGAGAUAAAUUGGUAGAAGUGAACGGCGUUCCAGUGGAGGGACUAGAGCCAGAGCAAGUAAUCCACAUACUGGCGCUCUCGCAGGGAACUAUUAUGUUCAAGCUGAUUCCUGUUUCCGAUCGACCAGUCAGCAAUCAGACAACAAUCUAUGUGCGAGCAAUGGCGGAAUACUGGCCUCUGCAGGACCCUGCUAUUCCGUGUGCGGAUGCUGGACUGCGAUUUAAGAAGGGGGAAAUCCUCCAGAUUGUGGACCAGAAUGAUGCUCUCUGGUGGCAAGCAAGAAAAAUCUCAGACCUCAGCGCUUGUGCUGGACUCAUCCCUUCAAACCACCUUCUGAAGAGGAAGCAACGGGAAUUCUGGUGGUCUCAGCCUUUUCAACCCCACACCUGCCUCAAGUCAACAAUCUUGAGUACUGUGGAAGAAGAAGAUGACAUGCAGAUUGAUGAGAAGUGCGUAGAAACAGAAGAGGAAGAAUUCAGUGGAUCUGGUCAGCAGGUUUUCAUUACUGGUUUCCGGAGAAGCAUGCGCCUCUGUCGCAGGAAGACCCACAACAGCCACCUGCCAUGUUAUGCUCGGUGCCCCAGUGGCUGCUACAGUGCUGUGGCAGCUCCUUAUGAAGAGGUGGUGAGGUACCAGCGGCUCCCUGGGGAUCGAAACAGACUUAUUGUCCUUGUAGGGCCUUCAGGUGUUGGAGUGAAUGAGCUACGGAGGCGGCUUAUCGAAAUAAACCCUCAUCACUUCCAAAGUGCAGUGCCACAUACAACCCGGGUUCAAAAGAGCUAUGAAGAGAAUGGGCGAGAGUACCACUAUGUACCAAGGGAAACAUUUGAAAAUAUGGUAUACACUCACAGAAUGCUGGAGCACGGGGAGUACAAGGGAAAUCUUUACGGCACAAGCAUCGAUGCGGUACGUGCAAUACUUGAUGAGGGGAAGAUCUGCAUAGUGGAUUUGGAGCCUCAGAAUAUUCAGUUGGCCCGUACUCAUGAACUGAAACCCUACAUUAUAUUUGUUAAGCCAUCAAGCAUGAGCUGUAUGAAGCAGUCUCGGAAAAAUGCUAGGAUAAUUACAGACUACUAUGUAAACAUGAAAUUUAAGGAAGAAGACCUGCAGGAGAUGGAAGAGUCUGCUAAAAAGAUGGAAACUCAGUUUGGCCAGUUCUUUGAUCACGUGAUUGUGAAUGAUGAUUUGCAGGAGGCCUGCAUGCAACUACUGACCGCUGUGCGCCGAGCACAGGAUGAGCCUCAGUGGGUUCCAGCAACAUGGAUAUGCUCAGACCAUCAGCCAUAAUCUGUGGGAUUAGACAGCUUCACAAAGAUUAGUGCUCAUGCUUCACUAAAAUCAUUGUACUGAUUGAAUUGCCAGAAAUAAUUUAUCUGUGUUUGAAGGGAAUUUGGAGAGGUUUAGGCAAAACAAUAUUGUAAAAAUAUGGCAAUUUUGGCUGUUUUCACACAACAUUUUAAGCCAGGAACUGUGAAUGAGCAGCAUCCUGAUGCACAGAACCCAUUCACUCCCACUUCUCAUUUAUUAAAUUUAUAUCCCACUUUUUUUUUUUUUUGAAGAAUUCUAAGCAACUUACAUCAUUCUCCUCUUGCUGCUCUCAAUCAUCCUCACAGCAACAACCCAGUGAGUUAUGUAGGUUGGGCUGAGUCCGUGACUGGCUCAAAGUCACCCAGUGGGCUCCAUGGCUGAGUACAGACUGGGACCAAGGUCACCUGACUCCCCAGCCUGCAGUCUUAACCACCGCUCCACACUGGUUCACACCCACUUUGGGUGGGCAAGUAAACAACACAGGAAAGGGAGCCUCAUACAAUAUUUGAAACCAGGAUAAUGGUUUAUUUUAUUUAUUUAUUUUUAUUUAUUUUUCGAUUUAUAUCCUGCCUUUUUCCUACAAAGGGCUCAAGGCAGCUUACAUCCUCCUCCUCCAUCUUAUCCCCACAACAACAACCCUG